UCGCCGAUAAGGCUUGCCUUUAUAACGUACAUGAAGCGCUGUCUCACAGAUCACUCUGUCCUGGCCAGGAUGUCGACUUCGGGAACGAAUCUACGCUUACACAAUGGUGUAGAGAUGCCUCUUGUUGGAUUUGGUACAUUUCAAGGAUCGUAUGAGUGUGACCAGAAUGUCGUGGUCAAGGCUACUAAAGAAGCUAUAGAUGCCGGUUAUCGCCAUAUAGACACUGCCCAAGUGUACAACACAGAAACUGGGGUGGGACAAGCCAUUAGGGAGAAGAUAGACGAGGGCAAGGUGACACGGGCUGAGCUGUUUGUCACUACCAAGCUAUGGAGUCACGCCCACAGACGUUGUGACGUUAUACCCGCCCUAAAGAAGAGUCUGCAGACGAUGGGCCUAGAUUACGUGGACCUGUUCCUCGUACACUGGCCAGUAGCUCUCAAGGCGUCCUUGGAUAUUUUUUUCCCGCGAGAUGAAAACGGGGAGCUUAUUUUUGCUGACAAGGAUAUUGACUAUGUUGAGACUUGGCAGGGUAUGGAAGACGCUUUGGAGGCCGGAUUGACAAGGGCUAUUGGUAUUUCAAACUUCAAUGAACGACAAAUAGCGAGGGUCUUGAAAAACUGCAAGGUGAAGCCCAUGAACCAACAGAUAGAAAGCAAUCCUUAUUUCAACAAUAAUCAGCUGAUACAGUUCUGUCAAAGUCAUGGUAUUACAGUAACUGCAUUCUCACCACUGGGCAAGCCAGGACGAACGUGGCAGAACAACCCUGAUGACCCUUAUGUGGCCACAGAUAAGGUGUUGAUCUCGAUAGGUGAAAAAUAUGGGAAAACUCCUCAACAGAUCGCUCUAAAAUUCCAAGUUCAGAGAGGUGUGGCAAUUAUUCCUAAGUCUAACACACCGUCCAGGAUCAGGGGCAACCGAGAGCUGUUCGAUUUCACAUUGACUGAAGAGGAGAUGAAACAGAUAGAAGGCCUGGAUCGAAACUUCCGAAUUUUAUGGAUAAAUUUCUUCCGUCCAAGUCGAGAGUACCCUUUUACAAGUUGACGUUUAAGUGAUGUCGUGAAUGUCAAUCUAGUCCCAUAUUUUAUGGCCAAUAUGCUGCUCCAUAUUAUAUCCAAACUAGAGUAUAUAUGUUUAUAUUUACAUGUCAGUAUCAAAAAGCACGUGACACGUAAGAAACUGUGAUUCAUUUGACUGAUAAUUGAUUUUAAAAUCUAAUGAUAAUCCUAUGAAAUGGUUGAAUCGUUAUUAGAUAGUACAGGAAGAAACUUCUCUAGUGUUAUUUGUCACAAGACCAAAAAAUAUAUAGAUAUAUAAAGUGAAGAGAUAUAUGGCAUAUAUCUGUUCACUAUAGCAUUAGUCAUGAACUGGUGAAGUAAAUGUAUCCACGAACAUUGGGUUUGUCAGACAUAGAAGUCGAUGUAGAGGCGUACUAAUGGGAAUGAAGAUCGUGUAACUAAAACGUGAUCACUUCAAAAAAUACCGAAUGUUCGGUCUAACUGACGCACCAAGGCAAGGAUAGAUUUACAACUUGGCGCAAAGUCGCAAAGGUUGUAAUUGCGUAAGAUCAUAAAAUUUGCAUUGUAAAAUGAGAACAAUAUACUCAGUAAAGAUAAUCUUCCUUCUCAAGAUGAAUAAAUAUAAAGCACAACUAUUCC